UUUCCCUGAACCCUCUCUGCCUCUCCUUUGAGACCCCUCCUUGAUCAUUCUCCAUCCCUUUCUUUGGUCCCACUAAGCAACGGCCAGUCCUCUGAUCCCGCGUGAAAACAGAGUAAAGCCCGAAAAGAUACGAUCUUUUUUAUUUAAAUCGCUCAAAGCCCCCAACUUUCUGCCAAGACGUGCAAAACUAGGGAGAAAGAUCCGACCUUUGGUUAUUCGGGGAACAUGAAGGAGGUGUGGACCUUUGGUUCAGUGGCUUCUCUCCUCGGCGCCCUCGCUUUCUUUCAGAGCGUCCUCCACUCCGUCUUACCGCACGAGCUCCGGCAUGUCGUUGCUAAGUUCUUCCAGCGCAUCUUCAACAACUUUUCUGCCUACUGCUACUUCGACAUUACCGAAAUCGACGGCGUCAGCACAAACGAGCUCUACGGCGCCGUCCAACUCUACCUUUCCUCCUCUGCCUCGGUCUCCGCCUCUCGCCUCUCACUCUCUCGCCCCGUCAACUCCUCCAACUUCACAUUUGGCCUGUCCAACAACGAUCGCCUCGUCGACUCUUUUGCCGGCAUUACUGCCAUUUGGGAGCACGUCGUAACCCAACGCUCCUCACCUUCCUUCUCAUGGCGUUCUCUCCCCGACGAGAAGCGCAGCUUCACUCUCCGCAUUCGUAAAAAGGACAAACCUCUCAUCCUCCCCCGCUAUCUCGACCACAUCAUGGAAGUCGCCGCCGAUAUCCGCCGCCGGAAUCAGGACCGUCUUCUUUACACAAACUCUCGCUGCGGCUCCAUGGACGCUCGCGGCUAUCCUUGGGAGUCGGUCCCGUUCAAACACCCCUCCACCUUCGACACCCUCGCCAUGGAUCCCAUCCGAAAAAAAGACAUCAUUGCCGAUCUCCGUAAGUUUGCCGCCGGAAAAAGCUUUUAUCAGAAAACCGGCCGCGCGUGGAAGCGCGGCUAUCUCCUCUAUGGUCCACCGGGAACUGGCAAGUCCAGUAUGAUCGCCGCCAUGGCCAACUUCCUCGGCUACGACAUCUACGACCUCGAGCUCACCGAAGUUCAAACCAACUCUGAGCUCCGAAAACUUCUUAUGAAAACCACCUCAAAAUCCAUCAUUGUUAUCGAAGACAUAGACUGUUCUGUUUCUCUCACAACUCGCGGCAGCCUUCCUCACCCGGCUGCUAAUCCGCCGCCGCAUUCGAUGGAUGAUAUUUUCACCUCCCCUGCAUCUGCUGCAGUAUCGACAAAGUCUGUGACGCUUUCCGGCUUGCUGAACUUUACCGACGGGCUGUGGUCCUGCUGCGGCAGUGAGAAGAUCUUUGUGUUCACGACGAACCAUGUCGAGAAGCUCGACCCUGCGUUGCUUCGUUCUGGAAGGAUGGACAUGCAUAUCCAUAUGAGCUACUGUUCUUUCCCGGCGCUAAAGAUUUUGAUGUGGAAUUACUUGGGAAUAAGUGAGGAUGAAUUGGAGAAUGGAAAAGAGAAUGAUAAACUGAUUAGAGAGCUUGAAGCGGCGGUGGAGGCGGCGGAGAUAACGCCGGCGGAUGUCAGUGAAGUGUUGAUAAAAAGCAGGAGGUAUGAGAAGAGGAAGGCCAUGGAGGAGUUGCUGAAGGUGUUGAAGAGUAAGGCGGCGGGGAGGAGAUGCGGCGGCGCUGCCGGGGCAUCUUUGGGAAGCAAGGAGGCUGAGGAAGAAGAGGAGCAAGAGAAGCGCGCGCUGGAUAGCCCGAAGGAGGAGAAUUCUGAGGAUUUUGCGCAGAUUUGUGAUAAGAAACAGGGUAAGAAAACAGAGCUGGAAGGCCAAACUCUUGAAAAAGAAGAGUGAAUUGGGAGCAAAAGUGUUCUCCGAUGUCCUUCGAAGCGGAUUUUUUAGAAGUGCUUUUUCAAAAUCUGUUUUUUUUUUUCCUUCUGUUGUGUCGUGUUUACUGUUGAAUUGUUGGAGGAUGCAAAUGAGAUGAGAAGCUUUUGGGGUAUGGUUUGGUGUAAUGUAUUAAGAUCUUUUAAUUGUUUAGGCAUUUUGAAUGUAAGACAUUUUGA